UUUUCGAUAAUUCGAUUUUGCGCUAUGUAGACUUGACUUUUAUGUCAAUGUCAAUCGUUGACUAUUGUUGAAGUCUGUUAUUUACGAAAUAUCGAUUUUAUAAUCUAUAAAAACUAUAAAGUUUCCAAGAUAUUUAUGUUGAUUUUGUGUUAGAAUUUAAACAUAUUAAAUUCGUUUUCAAUCAAUAAAUAUUAUCGAAUCGAUAAAAAGAAUAUUCUAUUUGAUAUUAAUAAAUUUGACAUACACAAAAAAUGGCAACGGUAGUAAACAAUGGAACAAAAAAACAAGUUAACGCUAACAAUCCCACUGCUGUGCGAAAGAAAUCUGGUCCUAGAUUUGAAUUAUCAGAAGAGCAAAACAGAGAUAUAAAGGAAGCUUUUGAUUUAUUUGAUACGGAAAAUACUGGAAAGAUAGACACCAAGGAAUUGAAAGUGGCCAUUCGGGCAUUAGGUUUUGAACCAAAAAAGGAGGAAAUAAAAAAAAUGAUUGCCGAAAUUGACAAGGGCGAUGGAAAGGUAUCAUUUGAAGAUUUCCUUGAAUUAAUGACUGUAAAAAUGGCUGAAAAAGAUACAAAAGAAGAAAUAAUGAAAGCAUUUAAACUGUUUGAUGAUGAUGAAACAGGUAAAAUAUCUUUCAAAAAUCUUAAGCGAGUUGCAAAAGAAUUGGGAGAAAAUUUGACAGAUGAGGAAUUACAUGAAAUGAUAGAUGAAGCAGACAGAGAUGGUGAUGGUGAAAUAAAUCAAGAAGAAUUCUUGCGUAUUAUGAAAAAAACGAGUCUCUACUAGACAAUCUUAUCAUAUUCAUAUGGUAUAAGCACACAACGGAAUAUAAAGCACACAUGAUAAAUAUUGAUAACAAGUCCAGAGUUAAAAAGAUCAUCAGAAAUCGGAUUUGGUAUUAUUAUUUUAUUGAUAACUUUUGGCAUUACGGAAGACUGUUUUUAUUUUAAGUAAUUUUAAUGUCAGCAUUUAUUUUAAAAAUGUACAUGAUGUUAUCAUUAGUUUUUCAUUAUACAUGCAAUCUACCUACUACUUAAUAUUAAAUAAUUUCUUGAAUUUUU